UCAGGGCUCGAUGUGGCUUCGUCGCGGGGGAGUUUCGUCGCCGGUGCCGUUUUCACGUCGGUUACGCGACGCGCGAAUGAUUCAUGAAUCAAAAUCGGAGCGAGAGCGCGCGGAUCGAUCGAUCGCGGGAUCGAGUGCCUCGCGGAUGCCGAUCGAUGAUCCGGAAGUUGCGAUCCGCCGAGAUCUCGCCGGUAUUUAAACGCGAUCGGUUGACAUUAAUUGACGCGAGUGAAUUUCGCACGAUUCUUUCCGUUCAAUGUUACUUCUGAAAUCUUCGAUUUUCGCGCGCAAGAUUCUCUCGCGAGUGCGUCCCUAACGCACGUGCUCGGUGGGUGUAUCGCCGCAGGGCUGGGGGAGGGAAGGAUAAGUGCGGAAAAUCAAAGUUCUCGAUCGGAGCACGUUGUGCUCCGAAUGAACAUCGCAGAUCUGGUGGCUGUGCGGGGCGCUAUUCGGUUAACUGGCGUUCCGUUACAGCUGAAACUAUUCGUCGCACUUGAAUUAACAUGUCGAUAUCGUGAUUAACUUAGUCCGCAAUUUCCUACGCACGCGGGUGACCGCUCGAUAUUGGCUGCUACUUGACGAGGUCGACGUGUCGGAACGUAAGGGUGAAAUAUAACCGAAAGUACAAUCAGUAGUGUGGCAAAACGACGAUUUGUUCCGCGAUCGAUAAGCGUUCGCUUAUUUCGAGAUUUCCAACAUUCGCGUAACCCUCAAUACCCAAGAAGACGAAGAGCUUCAUAAUUUAUCAUAAAAAGAUGUUGCAGAAGAGAAAAUACGAUCGCAUCGAAAACGAGGACGGCGUAAAUCCUGCAAGUAUUUUGAAAAUUUAUCAGGCUAGCAACCUAGUUGCGCUUGGACGUAUAUCGUACUGAAGUUUCGACAGCCGGAAUUUCAAGACAAGUCGAAUCCACUUUGCAAGUUUAGUCGCGACCCGGCCGAUAUUUUAUUCCAUUCCACGGAGGUUUACCACGCGAUCGAACGCGUUAGUGGGUAUCGCGACAGGGACAGAAACGUUCGGAAUCCGAAGGAAACGGCCUGCAAUCCGCCCUGAUGCAGACAAUAAAACUAUAAUCGCCGCUUAGAGAGGCUGUCAGAAGGAGCUUCGUUCCCUUACGUUUUCGUUUAUCCGGUAAAUCCAGCGAUCAUCCGCUCGUUCGACACACCCCCGGGAAAUUCUACGACAGCGACAAAUUUACCAGAGGAUUAUAUCACGAGAAACGAGCGAAUCAAGUUUUAACUCGCCUUCUUCAUCUCAAGAAUCGCAUCUCCUGCAGGAAUCAAUCGAACGCACUCGAGUCGUAGAGAGCCGCUUUAACCAGGAAGAAUCUCGCAUCUCGGUGACAUAAGAUGGAAAACACCGAAUGGUCAUAACACACAUCGUUAGGUCCCGUGUCCUGUUCUCGGGAGGCUGGAAAGACAAAUAGUCGCCGUCUCAUUAAAUGACGACAAGUACGUGACCGACAAGAUAGAUAGGGGACUCGUAUAUCGGUUCACGGCGGCAACGUCAACGACGACGACGAGGAACGGACGAUGUGGACGGAGGCGCAAUGCAGCAGCAGCAGCGGCGGCGACGGCGGCAGCGGCAGAAGCAACAGCAACGACAACGGCAACGAGAGCGGCAGCAGCGUCGGGGGUUGCAAUUAGUGCCGGCUCGCUACGGUCGCGAGACUACGUAACGACUAAAGGAGGUGGGAGCGCAGGGUGCCGCGCCGACCUCCAGGGGGGUCGAGGGUGUGUGUAGUGCGCGUGAAAGGGAGACAAAAUGUGGUGGAGGUGGCGGUGGUGGAGUGUCGUGACGACGACGGUGCUGGUGAUGCUGGUCUUGGGAGCCGCUACGGCGUACUCGGAACUAUCCGAGCUGGAUAAGCCAAUACCGAUUACUCCCAUCAACGGUGUAGUCGGAAACAUAGUGCAGCUUCCUUGUGACAUUAGUUUCGCUGAUAACGAUGGACUCAACAUGGUGCUUUGGUAUAAGGAAGGCGGGAAUGAACCGAUUUACAGCUUUGAUGUACGCGGUCGCCGGACAUACAACGAAGCCCGUCUUUGGUCGUCGCCCUCGGCAUUGGGACCAAGAGCUUUUUUUAUCACGGCGACGAAUCCAGCUCACCUCAGCAUCGACCGGAUACAGAGCGCGGAUGAAGGGGUCUAUUGGUGCCGGGUGGACUUCAGAAACUCGCCGACGCGGAAACAAAGGAUGAACUUAACCGUUAUAGUGCCUCCGUCGAAGCCGAUAAUAUUGGACGAGAUGAAGAACGUCCGGAACAUCGAGGAGCCGUACAACGAGGGAAGCGACGUGAACCUGAUUUGCGAGGUUCAUGGCGGCAAACCGCCUCCGAAGCUGACGUGGUAUCUCGACAACACCGUGAUAGACGAGUCCGAUCACUACAACGCCGAGACCGGGAGAACGGUUAACCACUUGGCGUACCCGAAAAUUGGGCGACAGCAUCUCAAAGCGAGGCUGAUCUGUCAGGCCAGCAACACAAACUUGGUGCCACCGCAAACCAGGCUGCUCAUCCUCGAUGUGAAUCUAAAGCCGUUGGUAGUUCAAAUCUUGACGAAGGAAGCGCGAGUUUCAGCCGACAAAAAUUACGACGUCGAGUGUCGUACGAGCGGGUCACGGCCAGAAGCAGUGAUCACAUGGUGGAAAGCAAACAAGCCCAUCAAGAAGAUGGCUCAAGCCUAUUCGCUCGAGAACAAUCAAAGUUUGAGUAUCCUCAGCUUUGUGCCAACUAUAGAAGACGACGGUAAAUAUUUGACAUGCCGCGCGGAAAAUCCUGCUAUAUCUGACAGCGCGUUGGAGGAUAAGUGGCGGCUUGACGUACAAUACCAGCCCGUGGUCAACUUAAAAAUGGGCGAAACGCUAAAUCCGGACGACAUCAAAGAAGGCGACGACGUGUACUUCGAGUGCAUAGUGCGGGCGAAUCCGAAGGUGUACAAGCUUGCCUGGUUUAAGGACGGUAAAGAAUUAAAGAAUAAUAGUACGGCGGGCGUGGUCCUCAGCGAUCACUCUCUGGUCCUUCAAAAAUUGACACGCUACUCCGCCGGCGAUUACACCUGUCUUGCGGCGAACAGCGAGGGGAAGACCGCCAGCAAUUCAGUGUCUCUUCAGAUAAUGUAUGCUCCAGUCUGCAAGGAGGGCAAGAGCGAAGUGGUGGUAGGCGCUUUGAAGCAGGAAACUGUGUCGUUAGUGUGCUCCGUCGAGAGCCAUCCGGCACCGGUGACUUUUCAUUGGACAUUCAAUAAUUCCGGCGAGCUCGUCGAGGUAUCGCACUCACGUUAUUCUCACGUAUCGGCCCCUGGCACGCCAUCCGUCGCGGACAACCUGAGAGAGUACCAACAGUUUCACGGGUCCAGACUCAACUAUACACCAGUCACGGAAAUGGAUUACGGUACCGUGGCAUGCUGGGCGAGCAACCAGGUUGGCAAGCAACGAACACCUUGCCUCUUUCAGGUCAUAGCUGCGGGUCGUCCGUAUCCUCUUCACAAUUGCAGCGCCACGGAAAUGUCGGCGCCCCUGGAUAUGGAAGAGCUCGGUGCGAAAUCAGGAACAGGACUGGUAGUCCGAUGCCUGGAGGGCUACGACGGCGGUCUUCCGAUAUACAGUUAUCAGCUCGAAGUCGUGGCUGAUGAGGACGAAGGUCCGAUUCUGCUAAAUAAAACCGUUCCGGCAGAUCCCAACGGGCCGACUUUCGAAGUUGCAGGAUUAACGACAGGAAGAAGCUAUCGACUUUUUCUCUACGCGAUUAAUGCGAAGGGAAGGAGCGAGCCUUUCAUUCUCGAGCCGGUAACCCUGAAGGGUGUUGCUAUGUACACGACUGGCAACACCGACGCAUCGAUGCUGAAUCCGUUGUUGCUGGGCUUGGCAGCCAUGGCGACCCUUUUGGCCCUGGCCGUUGCUGGAAUCCUGGCGGCGCUCUACCGGAAGCACUCCACCGGUCGACCCGGAAGUCCAAAGCACGCUCCCAUCGUAUGCGAGCCGCCUAAUGCAGGUGCAACCACCCCAGUGCACCCUCAGACCAAGCAGGCGGUCGAUGACAUCGAUCCGGACAUCAUACCGAACGAGUAUGAAAGAAGACCUUUAACGUAUACGCCCGUCUAUAAGACACCACCACAACGAAGAAAGAAAGAUCGCGCCACCGAUGAGAACGCUUCACCGGAGAAAAGGCCGAUCGUCCAACAUAGUCUGGACUUGCCUCCGGAUCCGAUGUUGACCGACUGUCUGCCAACGCCCACCCUAAAUUAUCCGCAAAAUCAUGUGCCUCAGCAAAGCACUUACAAUCAUCCGCCCACGAUGGCUGAUUUCAAACAGAUGGCCAUGGAUGCCUACAAUCAGCGUAACAACCAAAACGUAUAUUAUAGUCUUCAGAGGACGAGCAAAGGUCUUUCGAUGCCGCAAAGGCCCGUUUCAUCGUCGGUCUCCGCGCAAGGCAAAUUCCAUCAACCGGAAGUGGUAACACGCUCGAAUCGGAUACAAGAGAGCUGUAUAUAAGUUCGGAGGAAUUCCCUUUGCGGGAUCGACCUCGUGAGCUUCUAAGACGCCGACGAUUAUAUUUACACGCGUAAAUGUAAAGCGUUAUAGAAAUCCACCCACGUGGAUUCACACGACGCGAACGCGAAAUCUAUCUUCCCAUAGUUGGUACGCGAGUUACAAACUACUCCGCGAAAUACACUUAACGUUUAGCAAACAAAACAGGAAAAAGAAAUUGGUGUGCAGUCGUUCUCGAUCGUAUUGACCGGAAAUGCGAUCUCCUGACGAGAUUACAUCGAUGCCGAUCCUACGGACGGUAUAAUCUACGUUUUCAUAAUUUUACUUUGAAAAACGAGAUAAACGACAUUAGCGAAACAGAGGGAGUACCCAUACAUGUCCAGAAUUAUUUCUUUACUGCCAUAUACUGAGGUAUAAACGGUAUAUCGUAACGUACAAAGAGUCUAACCCCUAAGUAGUUAACGUCAAUAACAAGAAGAAAGAGAUAUGAGGCUGGGUCAAAGUGAGCUGAGGGAAAAUUUCAAUGGUGAUUUAUAUUUUAUUCAUACUUCCGGUUUCCAAGUCGCGCACAAAACAGCAUCUUUUUAUAUGUAUUUCACAUACUAAUUCUUUUGAAACUUUUACAAUUUACAAGCUACUUUCGGAUUUCCCUGACAGUCUUAUAAAAUAAGACGAUUAAGAAGAGUAUCCGAACAAAGCUUAUAUUCUCCAGCCUUAUUCUCAAAAUACUAACAAUAUUAAUGUGAUCGUAUUCGAAGCUCAUCAAUGCUCAUGUUUUCUUACGCAAAAUUUUUAUAACGACCCAAAGAAAAAUAUACUCAUUCGAAGGACUUCGCCGAAACUCGAGAAGAUCUUCUCUUAAGGAGCGACGUCUUCGUUCCCGAUCACUGACGCGAUAUACGAAUGUGGGUUUAACUGUUUAUAUGAAACUAGUUUUUGUACAAAGAUCUAUUGUAAAUAGACACGAGCCUGGCCCUAGAGUUAUAGUCACUAAUGUCCAAAUUUCAAUCCGUUACACGUUAAGCCGAGGAAUGUCCGAUCGCGUAAGAUAAAACUCGAUGGCAUACGAAUACGAAUAAAGAGAAUACGUUUCAUCUGUUUUACACAAA